AUGUCGGCAAUCGAGGGAGGUCCUGUGGAGAGGCGGAGAAAGGAUCCUACGGGCAAGGGCGCCGCUUCGCAUCUCAAGGAGCUGGGCAUUGCGUUGCCGCAGAACUUCUUCCAAGACUUCGAGGAUCGCUGGCGUUUUUUGCCGGGUUCUACCAAGGCCGCCGAGACAUUGCGCAGGAUAUGGGGCCUCAAGUCGGUGCUUAAGCACGCAGUCCUGGGCGGUUUCAAGGCCUACGAGUUCGGAAUCCCACGCCCAUCUUACGAUGCCGCUCCAGCAGAUGAUGCUGCCCGACGCGCGAAGCGUGCGCUGCAGCGGAACCUCACUCUGGUUCAGAACCAUGUGCACCGCGGGGAUGCCCUGUUGUCCCGCUACCUUCGGCAAGCUGCCCUUCUCUUCGGCCUGCCCGGAGGCCUCAACUCCUAUACCACGCCGGCGCUUGCCGUAGGCUUCGGCUAUCACUUCGAUCCCAGUGACGCAAUCAUCCUCCAGGUUGAGGGCAACAAGACCUGGGAGAUCUGUGGCCGCAGAUUUCCGAAUGCCUUCAGCUUUUCGAACCUCACCUACAACCAGAUCCCCAACGAUGCCGAAGACGUAGCAAAUUGCAGCGAAGUCGUGCUCAGGGAGGGAGAUGCUCUGUACCUGCCUGUGGGGCAGGUGCACCGUGCUCAAGCGAACAAAGCUUUGUCCAUCCACUUGACCAUGUCGUUGAAUCGGCAGUUUUGCAGUGCCGCUGCAGUGCUCUUGAAUGUGGCUGAACAGAUCAACCCAUCGAAAGAGUUUGGCUUCGCGCAGCCGACCUUCGUCUCAUGGGUGCAUGCCACGGCGGCAGACCCGAGCCUGGCGCGCUUGCACGCCGUCCCCCCCUCGCUGCGUUGCCGACCGCGAGGCAAGCAGCGCGUCUGCCCCGCCUGGCGUGGCUUUCUGGAUGACGGACUCGCUGGCAAGGCCCUGGCAAAAGAUCCACCUGGCUUGCCGGAGGCACCGGAUGCGGCCAUGCUUUCGGCUUGCGUUGAGGACUUACGGGAGGUGGUGCGGCUACUGAAAGCCCAUCCUGCAAGCGCCAAGCCGCUUCUUCUGGGCGUCCGCCUUGCCGGGAAGGAGUCCCCAGUGGUGGGCAAGCUCCCUCCUACACAGGUUCUCGAUGGCAUCGCCCAGCUCUUGGGCCCGCAGCCUUGCAAUCGAACGCUCCUGGCCUGGCAGAAGCUGCUUCUGAGGCAGCACCAGGAGUACUACGAGGCAAGCUUCAGGCUCGAUGACUUCUUCGACGAGGAGUUGUUGAAUCUCGACGAGGACGAGGAUGCUGAGAGUGCAGAGGCGAAGCUCAUUCGCGAAGAACUCGAAGGUCUGAAUCUAAGCGAGCUCUUCGCCGAUGUCGAUGAGGCCACGAUGGGAUCCCAUCCCGGCGCGUGGGGCGAUAAUGAGACAAUGACGACUCCUUUCACGUGGGAUUAUCCGGAAGAGUCCUCACUGCCGGAUCCCUACAUGGAGCAAGCUCUACCUGAAGGACGUCAUGUCUGCUGUGGACACAGGACUGCGACCGCAGCACUGCUGUGUGCGAACAGUACUGUUCCGCCUCUCGGCGAACCUGUUGACGAGCUGAAGACUUUGAUUGUAACGUAUGCGACGGAGCAUGUUCACAGCUUCGCCCAGUACUCACUGCCUUUGAAUGCAAACUGGGCGCGCGAGUUCGGCCACUCUUUCGUCGUCGAUGCACGUGCGCGCGCGUCCGGAGGCGUUGACGUCAAGAACUCGAAGGUCCUUGUGAAGAAGCACUGGGUCGACCACCCCAAGGUGACUGAAGGGUGGGUUCUUUGGAUCGGAGCCGAUGCCGUCCUGGUGAACUUCGACACUGACAUCUUGAGGCAGACGAUUCGCCUCCACGCGACCCCAAACACGCAGGUUAUCAUCACUCGGGAUCCACAUGGGAGAGCGGGCGACUCCAUGUCUCUCUUCAACGCUGAUGUCAUCCUCAUUCGCAGGUCUCCGUGGAGCUCGCAGUUUCUGCAGCGGUGGUGGGACGACGCACGCAUGAAAGAGGGCCGUACUGACCAGGAGGUGCUCGAACUCCUCUACGUCGAGGAUGUACUUGGAGCUCGAAAUGCCUUCGUCCUCCUACCACCCGGAGCACUGAAUUCUGACUCUCUUUCCAUCAUCGCUGGACCUCCCAGCGACCAGCCCGUGGUGCAUCUUGGAGGCCACGGCGACGCCGUGCGGCAGCAUGUUUUCAGCGAGGGCCUGCGGGUAUUGUGCCAGGAGCAGUUGGCUUCUCAGAGCUUGGAGCUUCGGAGUGCCUACGUGAAGGCCCUUUGGCAGGAAGUCCAGUCACCCGGUGAGGGCCGCAGCUCUGGGCACGUGCACGCCUCGACGCUGGCCGGACAUUUCCAGCGCUUGGCAUGGCAGCUGGAGGAGUUGCGCCGGCCCGAGGAGGCUCUGGCAGUGCAACGCCGGGCUCUGGCGGUGAUGGAGCGACGGCUCGGAUUACAACACCAUCAGACACACGAAACGGCCCUGGCCUUGGGCGUGGCCUUGCGAGAUCACGGACGCCUCGGUGAGGCAGAACCGCAGCUCCGGGCAGCCUGCCGGGGGAUGGCGAGGAUGUUUGGCAAGAAGCAUCGUGACGUUUUCAGCUGCGCCUCGCAGCUGGGCCUGGCGCUGGUCGAGCAACGGCCCAAGGAAGCCGAGGCGCUCUUCCGUCGAGCCCACAAGGGGUACACGAAGGCUUUGGGCCCUGAGAGCACCGCCACCGCCACAGCCGCGCUGAAUUUGGCCGAGAGCCGCAAGCGCUUGGGCAGACCGGAUGAGGCCGAGCCACUGCUUCGCGCGGCUGCCAAGACCCGGCGCGAGGCGCUGGGCCCCGGCAGCGCGGAGGCCUGGGAAGCCGAGCGCGCGCUGGCAUCGCUGCUUUUGGACCAGCGGAGGCCGGCUGAAGCCGAGGAGGUGCUUCGUCGAAUCCUGGCCGCGCAGACUGCCGAGGCGCCAACCGUGUCGACUCAGAACUUACUGCAGGGGCGCAGCGACUUGGCUCACAGUUUACGUGUCCAGAACAAGGUUCAUGAGGCCGAGGUCAACUUCCGCUUGGUCUAUGAGUCGCUUGCUCUGCGGGAAGGGGCCAGCAGCCCCAAUGCACUGGCGGCAGCGAGCAAUCUCGCGUCGGUGCUUCAUGAGGCUGGGCGGCGCCAGGAGGCUACAGAGCUGUUCGAGCUUGCGACAGAUGGCCUGAAGAGGACGCUUGGAGCGGACCAUCCAAACUACAAAGCUGCGCGUCAAAACUACGAAGAUUUGAAGCGGAGUGCAGGAGGCAAGCUUGCUGCAGCCGAGCAGUGA